GAGAGAGUUACUUAUGCAUCAGAUGGUGCAAAACAUUUCACUAUUAUUCCAUUGUGUAGUUGUAUCACUUUCAUUUCUCUUGAGCUACUUUUGGAAAACGUGAUAAGAAUAUAGCUGUUGAAGUAUCCUCCUCAUCUAUAGCUGUCCCAUUCUCUUUUCAGAUAUACCUGUGUAUUAUGAGAUCUGGAAAAAGAGGUACACGGCCCAGAGUUCACUUGAACUUCCUUCCCCGCAGUCAAAAAAACUAAGUGGAAAGUGCACUGUCAGGAGAGAGACUCGUUCUUCACAGAAUAUUCUGUGGGGAAAUGUUUCUAAAAAGCAUGAUGCCGAGUCCAGAUUCCUCUGUCAGAUCGAAAGUUCAAGUCGGUAAAUUGAUGGCUCUCUUGCUCAUUGCACAGUCAGUGUCAAUUGGAAAUCCAGAAACUCUGCAACCCCUUUCAUCUAAUGUUUUGCCUAUAGAGGAUGAUUUCCUGGAUAACAAAUUCAGUGCUUCAGCUAGCUUCAGGUAUAAAACAGACUGCCUGUUAGGUUCAGGAUGGGAGGAUGAGUCUAGUUUAGCUGGCAGAUCAACGGAGGAUGCCUCAUUUAGGGAGUCUCUUGAACUUGAUCACAGUGCAAAUGUGAUGCAUGAGAGAAGGAAACCAUUUAUGCGGAACACAGAAGCCUGAUACAUGAUGGAUCAUCUUUUGCUAGUGAUGAAGAUAUUAAGUUUGAAAAAAGUAACUACAGAAAUAAACGAAAUCGCCUUGAAGAUGAUUAUAGUUUUGAAGUAGCUGAUGAUGUUAACCAGGUCUAAAAUCAAAGGUCUGCAAGGCCAAGGAAAUAUAUUUUAAGAACUUCUCCUGGUGCAAAAUUCAGAGCAAGGCAUUG